AUGUCGAAUCAACAGGGUGCCAAGAUCGUGGUCUACUGGCUGAACAAGUCCCGCGCGCAGCGCAUCAUCUGGCUACUUGAGGAGUUGAAUCUCGAGUAUGAGAUCAAAGUCUUCAAGCGCGGAGCAGACUUCCGCGCAGGGCCUGAGCUGAAGCAAGUGCAUCCUCUUGGACGAUCUCCAAUGAUUGGCAUCACUCCUGCUGGAUCUGAUAAGGAGACUAUAAUCGCUGAAAGUGAAACGAUCAUGGAUUAUGUGUGCGAGCAUUUCGGCCAGCACAUGAUCCCGCCAAAGUUUCCAGAAGGAAAGGAGGGUGUGCUAUGUGCGGAGACGGAAGAGUGGAUGAGGUACAAGUUCCUCAUGGACUACACAGAAGGGAGCCUCUUCACAUUUCUGAUGGCAGCGCUGAUUACCGGCAAUAUCGAGAAGGCACCCGUGCCGUUUUUCAUCAAGCCAAUCACCCGAGGCAUCGCAGGCAAGAUCAACUCCUCGUUUGUUGACGUUGAAUUGAAGAACCACUUCGAUUUUCUCGAGGACUAUCUCAUCAAGUCUCCAAGCAAUGGCGAAUUCUUCUGCGGGCCGAAUAUCACAGGCGCGGAUAUCAUGAUGCACUUCGCUUUGGAAGGUGCUACCCAGCGAGUGCCACUGAGCGAGACGAGCUACCCAAAGCUGUAUGAAUAUAUGCGAAGGCUGCAGGGUAGGGACGCGUACAAGAGGGCCGGGGAUAGGGUUUCUGAAGCGAGCGGAGAGAAGUUUGUACCGUUUUCCGACCUGAAGUUGUAAUGUUAUGAGGCAAUCACGGAAGUUGCGAUGUCGGUUACGCUUCGGUUUUGUAGAAGUGGACUAGGUCUGCGUCUUCACGUCAUUCUGUAGUACCUAGGCACGCGAAGCCUGUGGAAUUUAUUAUCAUACUUAGACGUCGAUCCGGAGGUUGGAUUCGGCCGAAUGCACUCGUGAGCUUCAACACGCCGACCUCCGUUACUGUCGCCUUCCACAAGCAAAGUCUCAG